GAAUGGGCUCGGGAGCGCGCGCUUCCUCCCUGCUGCCUGGACGCGCCUCUCACACAGGGAGCCGGGCCGGGCGCAGGCGGAGGGAGCGACUGUGCGGUGCGGAUAAAGUGUGGAGUUCCAGAUGUCAAGUUUUAAUUAUUUUAUGAUUUUUUUAACAAAUAUGGAUUGAGGAAUGGUUUUAUAUGGGGGAGGGAGAUGAAAAUGGAGCAGCUUGGAACAGACUUAGAUUCCCAGGCCAUGGGUGAGAAGGGCCCAGUCAGCAUUGUUUUAAUUAUCAGUUGCAUUCUGGCGUUUUAACAGAAUUGUCUGAAAACUUUCAAGUCUCACCUCACCUGCCCAGGAUUUUGUGGAGACCAUCACCACAGAAAGGAUUUGAAAUUCAAUUUUGUUCAUAAAAACCAAGUGGAAACUAGAGUUUUGGGUGUCAUACAAAAGGGAACAAAUAGGAAGAGGACGAAAACACACAAGCCAACUGACUUCACCCUCUAACCCCCCCUUUCAAAGAAAAGGAUUUACAGCUCAACCUCGCACCAGCUGUUACCCAGCUUUAGCCGUCAAGAGAGAAAUAAAUAAAAUUAAACAACCACCGCUAGCCAGCCUCAGAUCCUGGUGAAAUCAGGGAGUGUGUUUCUGCGACUGCCUCGGGUGAGGGGGAGGAGAGGGCCAAGCAGUGUGAGGAAGACAAGCACAUUGUUUCAGGAUAACUCUGUCCACCUGAGCGGUGACUGGAGGGGACUGCUGGAUACCAGGAACAGAUUAAAAAGGAAAAGGAGAGGAGGCUUCCUUGGGAUUUUGGUGUGGGUUUUUUUAAAGAAAUCUAAUGGCGGCCUGUUCCUGAGUUGGCCAACUUUCCCGGAGCACUCACCAGGGUGGAAAGGACUUCCUCAGCUUGGCUUCUCUCCAUGUGCUGCAGAGUUCUGCAACUUCCAUUUGCCACUUUCCCCACCCUAACUUAUAAAAUCUCGUUGCCUCCACUUUUGAAGCCAGCCUUUGCCACAAGCUGCUUGGGGAGGUGCUUCUGCACCUGUAGUUUGGCUGCGCCCAGCUGUCGUGUUCCAGCAGUAGUUUAAACUGGAAUUCAGGUUCCCAUUUUAUUUUUUAAAUCUCCUUCCAUACAUCCCCAAACUCUCAGGGAGCAGCGUGGACUCCCUUGGCUGUGUUCUUGGGCCUCUCCCUUCAGGAAUCGGUGUGGAUCCUUCCUCUGGAUUAUUUCCUCCUGCUCCAUUUGGAACACUCUCUAAGUGUAUUUCAGGAAGUUGGGUAACUGCUUACCCCCACGACUUCUCCCUCCCGUCUUCUCCCUCUACCCCCGCUCCCUUCCGAAGGUCCCCUCCCCCUUUUCGUGUCCAUUCUGACUCCAGUUGGGCCUGGGCUAUGCUGCAGGGCGGAUCCCCCACCAGAGCUCCAACAUGCCAGCAGCAUCUGGAAAGAGAUUCAAACCCAGCAAAUAUGUCCCGGUCUCAGCUGCUGCCAUCUUCCUAGUGGGAGCCACCACCCUCUUCUUUGCCUUCACGUGCCCAGGGCUCAGCCUGUACAUCUCCCCGAUCAUCCCCAUCUACAAUGCUGUUGUCUUCCUCUUCGUGCUGGCCAACUUCAGCAUGGCCACCUUCAUGGACCCGGGCAUAUUCCCACGAGCAGAGGAAGAUGAGGACAAGGAGGAUGACUUCAGAGCCCCACUCUACAAGACAGUGGAGAUCAAGGGCAUCCAGGUGCGCAUGAAAUGGUGUGCGACGUGCCGCUUCUACCGGCCCCCGCGCUGCUCCCACUGCAGCGUCUGUGACAACUGUGUGGAGGAGUUUGACCAUCACUGCCCCUGGGUGAACAACUGCAUCGGGCGGCGCAACUACCGCUACUUCUUCCUCUUCCUGCUCUCGCUCACCGUGCACAUCAUGGGCGUCUUCGGCUUUGGUCUGCUCUAUGUCCUCUACCAGGUGGAAGAGCUCUCUGGGGUCCGCAUGGCCGUCACCAUGGCUGUGAUGUGCGUGGCUGGUUUGUUCUUCAUCCCUGUCGCUGGCCUUACGGGGUUCCACGUGGUGCUGGUAGCCAGGGGACGCACUACCAAUGAACAGGUUACGGGUAAAUUCCGGGGUGGUGUGAACCCCUUCACCAAUGGCUGCUGUAAGAACGUCAGCCGUGUUCUCUGCAGCUCCCCAGCCCCCAGAUACCUCGGACGACCAAAGGCAGAGCAGACAGUGUUGGUGAAGCCGCCCUUCCUGCGGCCUGAGGUGUCGGAUGGACAGGUCACUGUCAAGAUAAUGGACAACGGUAUCCAGGCUGAACUGAAGAGAACAAAGUCCAAAGGAAGCCUGGAGGUGAUGGAGAGCCAGUCUGCCGAUGCUGAGCCGCCACCCCCACCCAAGCCAGACCUCAGCCGCUACACAGGUCUGAGGACGCACUUAACCCUGGCCACCAAUGAGGACAGCAGCUUGCUAGGCAGGGACAGCCCUCCAACUCCGACCAUGUACAAGUACCGCCCUGGCUACAGCAGCAGCAGCGCCUCAGCUGCCAUGCCGCACUCCACCAGCGCCAAGCUGAGCCGAGGGGACAGCCUGAAGGAGCCCACCUCCAUCGCCGAGAGCAGCCGGAAUCCCAGCUACCGCUCGGAGCCGAGCCUGGAGCCCGAGAGCUUCCGCUCUCCCACCUUCGGCAAGAGCUUCCACUUUGACCCACUGUCAAGCGGCUCACGCUCCUCUAGCCUCAAGUCGGCCCAGGGCACGGGCUUCGAGCUGGGCCAGCUUCAGUCAAUCCGCUCAGAGGGCACCACCUCCACCUCCUACAAGAGUCUGGUGAACCAGACGCGCAAUGGCAGCUUAUCCUACGACAGCCUGCUCACGCCCUCUGAAAGCCCCGACUUCGAGUCAGUGCAGGCUGGGCCGGAGCCGGAGCCCCCCAUGGGCUAUACCUCGCCCUUUCUCUCGGCCCGCAUCACCCAGCAGCGUGAGGCCGACCUGCACAGCCACUUCCCUGGCGCCGGCUCGCCCAAGCACCCACCCCCAUGCGAGCUCUUGCCCAUGCGCUAUGACAAUCUCUCCCGCCACAUUGUGGCCUCCAUGCAGGAGCGGGAGAAGCUGCUGCAGCAGUCGCCUACCCCUCCGCCCCUGGCCAGGGAGGAGGACACGGGGCUGGUGGACUCGGGCAUCCAGUCAACACCGGGCUCCAGCAACGCCCCACGCACCAGCUCCUCCUCGGACGAUUCGAAGCGCUCACCGCUGGGCAAGAACCCGCUGACCCGCCCAGUGCCACCCCGCUUCGGCAAACCGGAGCCACUCCGAGUACGCUCGCCCGACCCGCUCACUGCCCCCCAGCUGGGCAAAGUCGUGUCUUACAGCAGCCAAAAACAGUCGCCUCAGGCCAGCAUCCCGGAGACAGAGGAGGUGGCCUUGCAGCCAUUACUGGCACCAAAAGACGAGGUGCAGAUGAGAACCGCCUACAGCAAGUCCAAUGGGCAGACCAAGAGUCUGGGCCCGGCCUCCCCCUCCCCUGGCCAGCCACCUCUCAGCAGCCCAACUCGAGGAGGAGUCAAGAAGGUCUCUGGAGUGGGCGGGACCACUUAUGAGAUCUCUGUAUGAGGGGCGGAGCUCUCUCCCCACUGUCGCCUACUCCCUGGCUGAUACCAAAACGCCUGGGCCCUGGUGGGCAG